CCCGGGAAGGUGCGUCUCCCGCCUCUGGUGCCAGGUGCUGGGUGCCUGCUUGCUGACAAGGCACACCUCGAAAUCACUGCCUCAGCAGCGGGCCUGCACUCCUACUCCGCUCUGCUUCUUGCGGGCCAUCCCAGGGUGCUGAUGGAGUCACCCCAUUAACCAGUCCCUUUGAGCCUUCUCCAGAACAUCCCCAGCUACAGCUUUCAAUUUGGUAGCUGCUUCUGCUGGUUCUUGGGAGAUGAUGUCCCUCUCAGGCUCUAGUAUAAAACAUGAGGCUCUAUGAGGGACGAACCAGAUCUUUCCAGGCUCCUGUCACUGUUCAUAAUUAUCCCAGCAGCCACAUUUAUGUGUUUAGAAAUGGCCGAUCAGAUCCGGAUGAGUCAUCGGAGGAGGAAUCUGAAUUCAUGGAAUUACGUCCAAGGGGCAAGGAGCAGCAGAGAAGCAGUUCUUCCCAAGAGAGAGCUGGGGAUGUGGUGCUACUGGAACGAGAGCUCACCGAGGGUGAUAACCUUAACAAGCUUGCGCUGCAGUAUGGGUGUAAAGUUGCAGAUAUCAAACGUGUCAACAACUUCAUGUGUGAGCAGGACUUGUAUGCUCUGAAGUCUAUCAAGAUUCCAGUCAAGGCCCAUGGGUUGUUAACGGAGACCAGCAAAGAGUUAAAACCUCCUCAGAAUGCACCUUCCCAGGCUGGAAUGACACUGAUUGAACUACCAGAGCCUGAUGGUGGAGCCACCACCAGCAGCAGCUCUAGUGAAAGCAGAUACCUGACUGACUACUUUAAGGGGAUUGACCAGACCCUUGAGGACAUAGUGCAAUCCAAAAUCCAUUUAAAUGCAGAUUACUGCAUGGAAGCACCAAACUGUCCCCCAUCCGGUUCAGUGGGACAAAAGGAGCCCAGUAAUGGUGCAGACUGUGGAAUCCAGUGGUGGAAUGCAGUUUUUAUCAUGCUUCUGCUAGGAGUAGUCUUGCCAGUAUUUUAUAUUGUCUAUUUUAAAACACAACAGACUGGGGCGGCAGCCCAUACCUCAAACACAACCUUUGCCUCAAAUAGCUCAGCUCAUGAAUUGGGGGGGGAAUUGUCACAGCACCUACCAGUCGUAGAAACCCUCAAAGCGAAGAUACAGCCCAGUACUUCCUCACCGCCCAACACCGAUACCCAGAAACCAGUAACUCUGACUCUACUGGAUUCAGGUGGCUAAUUUUUUUUUAAGUGAUCUUGACUGAACACAGGGUGAUGUGUUUUCUCUGAGUGAAUAAAGAUGUUUUGUAGCUUACCACGUCCAACAGACAUUUGGCUCUGCGUUUAUCAACCCUUCCAAGGGAAAGUAGCCUGCCCCAAUUUACUCUUAUUUGUUUCAGGCACCUCUCAAGAGUGGCUUUGUCUAAAAAUCUGAACUAGGCAGACACAUCAGAGUGUGUGCUCUUAAAUACUGUAUGGGUUAUUGAUUGGAAUGAUGCAAUCUAAUAGCACAUGAGAAGACACAUUUUGUAUGGACUGAGCAUUUUUUCCCCCACAACAACUUAAAGCAACAUUUUUCAUUCUCUGGCAGAACCAGGUGGGCCCUGCAUGUUUAACUCUGCGUAUGCCUUUCUAGCUUGAUAGACUAGCUCUGGUACAUGGCACUGUUAAAACUAAGCAGGACACUGGAUACUCUUAUCAAUGACAGUAUUAAGCUAAAUUGAGCUAGAAUGAUGGAGGGUCUUAGCCUGCUGUGAGCGCCAUGGAGGCAAGGAUCUGCCUGUGCAGGGAGGCCCUGUGACUUCAUUUGGGCUCCAUGCAGGUACCCAGAGCUCUCUGCAGGAACUGGCCCUUAAAAAGUUAUUCCUCAGUAACAUCCCUUGCUCAACAGUGGUAGCAAAAGUUCUGUUCAGCCGCAGAGUCCAGCCUGCCAGCAACCUGCAGUGGCCGACUCGGCCUAAAGGCAUCUUGAGCAUAGUGUCACUAGUCAGCUCACUGUGCAAAGACAAAGGGAUUGCCAUCUCCAGCACUGCGUUUCAGUCUAAAUGGUGUCCUUGCUCUUAGGAGUUUAAGCUAGAGGGAUUAGUGAGGAGUUUUCCAUUUUGUACAGGAAUAAAAAGUCAGGGGAAACCACCCCCAGCUAUUUUAGGAGUUCAGGAGGAGCAUAACUUGUACAAAGCUGGCGUAGACUAAUUUCAGGCAUCUUUAGGGCCUGUAUAGAUAGUCAGCCAUGUUUCUGAUCACCCAUCUCCAUGCAGAAGUAAGGUCUCGUGCAUGAGUCCACAUGGUUGUGACAGAGCCUAAGCCAAUCUUGGUGCAUUCUGGUCUGUUGAAUGGAGGCCCACAGGUUUCGGGUAUAUUUUUCAAAGAUUUGUUUACAGUAAAUGCUGAAUGCGUGGAAAGGUUCCUUACAGUAUACGCGAUAAAUGUGGAUGAAGGCUAAGCUUUGGGUUGUUUGAAUCUGCAGUAAAAAACCUCUUACUUGGUGUAGCCAUUUUCAAAAUAAAUUCAGAACCGUUUCUCAUGGCUAACCCCUGCCAUAGACAUGACAUUUUGAAGUUGUAGAAUUGAAAAUACUUUAGGAAACGUGCAUAACGUAAGCAAAAUCCCCAUAACAUAUUGCCUAAAUCUAAGCUAACUUUCAGCACAGAGCAAAGUUUAAGGAAGUUGGACUUUCCCCAGGCCUAGACACUGACAUCCCAAGAAGUGCAAUUAUAAUGUAUUUGUUUACCAGCUGGAGUGUCGUAAAGUCUACUAGCUGGAAUUAUGGUAUGAAAAGCACAAGGGUGCUGAAUGUAGCUGGGUUCCACCCCCAACCCCCACCUAACUGGAGGAUGGUUAUAGAAUUAGUACUGUUGGAACAGGGUACAAAUCACAGAUUAAUAAGCUUUUGUGGGCUAUAGCCCACAUCAUCGGAUGCAUAGAGUCCAGCCUAUGCAUCCAAUGAAGCGGGCUGUGCCCCACGAAAGCUUAUGCUCAAAUAAAUGUUAGUCUCUAA